CUUCCUUCUGUUGAAGCAAAGCCUUUACUAAUACUAACCUUUGAGACUUGAGUUGCCAAAUUUGAGUGGGUUUCUCUUCUGUCAAAAUCCUUCAAUGAGAAUUCCACUCUUUUCAUGCCUUUUCUUGAUCUUCAUAUUCUGCAUCUCUAUGUCGUCUGGACGGGGGAAUGCUGACAUAUGCUUCUCCGAACAAGAUCUCAUACUCUCCUCCCUAUGUCUUAGCGAUGAGCAAUCCUUGUUGCUCCAGUGGAAGAACAGCCUCGUAUUUGACAAUGCUUCAUCCACAAAACUGGUGUACUGGAAUCAAAGUGUCGAUUACUGUUCAUGGAAAGGCGUAAUUUGCUACGAGAGAUGUGUUCGCAUCCUCGACCUGACCAAUGAAUCCAUCUCGGAUGGGCUCGACAAUUCAAGCAGCCUCUCAGGUCUUCUGUCUCUCCAACACCUGGGUUUGGCUUAUAACAAGUUGAAAACAUUUCCUCACUUCUUGAGAGAUCGAUCCACAUUUUCAGCACUAGACCUUUCAAACAACGAGAUUCAUGGGGAGAUUCCAAAUUGGAUUUGGAAUCUUACUUAUCUUCUCUCGAUGAAUCUUUCUUAUAACUAUCUGACGACUCUAGAUUUGUCUUUACUCGGCAUGUCUAAUUUGAAAGUCUUAGACCUUCGCUCCAACCAGCUUCAAGGGCAACUCUUAGUUUUCCCAGAACCUGCUAUAUACUUGGAUUUUUCAAGGAAUAAUUUCAGCUCUUUCAUACCACCUAGCAUUGGUAAUUCCCUUGCUUCCACUUCUUUCCUCUCUCUUUCAAGCAAUAAAUUUUAUGGGAGCAUCCCCGAAUCAAUAUGUAAUAUUACAAAUCUUCGUCUUCUAGAUUUGUCUAAUAAUUCAUUGAGUGGUACGAUUCCCCAAUGCUUAUUUAAGAUGAGUGAGUCUCAUCAAGACGUGAGGAAUGGAGGUUGGAAUCGAGGUUUAGGGGUGCUGAAUCUAAGGAAAAACAACCUCACCGGUGCAAUUUCUAAUUCGUUUCCAAGAAAUUGUAGCUUACAGACUUUAAAUCUCAAUGAUAACCAACUGGAAGGAAAGCUGCCAAAAUCUCUAGCUAGAUGCACAUCUUUGGAAGUUUUAGACCUCGGGAACAACCACAUCCAGGAUGUCUUCCCAUGUUACUUGAAGAACUUAUCCAUGUUGCACGUUCUUGUUCUAAGAUCUAACAAAUUUUAUGGGCUCAUUGAUUGUUCAAGGCCUAAUGCUUCGUGGUCAAUGCUUCAAAUUGUGGACCUAGCUGCAAACAAUUUUACCGAUAAGCUUCCAAUAAAAUACCUUUCUGAUUGGAAGGCAAUAACAGAUGAAAGAAAUGAGGCCCAAUAUCAGCUCAGUCCCCUCCGAUUUGAGGAUAAUUCCUCAUCUUGGGCCUUUUCUUUUAUUUAUCCUUUUAGUCUAGGGAUACCUUGUGGUUAUCAAGAAGUGGUGAAUAUUUAUUAUCAAAAUGGGUUAACAAUUACCAUCAAAGGUGUCCAAGUAGAGCUGGUGAAGAUCCUAACUAUAUUCAACUCCCUUGACUUCUCAUGCAACAAUUUUGACGGGCCUAUACCUAGAGAAUUAGGAGAACUCAAAUCACUACGUGGUCUCAACUUGUCUCAUAAUGCUUUCACUGGCAAAAUCUCACAAUCUCUAGGAAAAUUGACUUAUCUUGAAUCAUUGGACUUGUCAAGCAACAUGUUUACCGGUGAGAUUUCAGUCAAACUUGCAGAAGGUCUUAUUUUCCUAUCAUUUCUUAACCUUUCAUUCAAUCAAUUGGAGGGAAAGAUUCCAUUGAUCAAGCAAUUUACAACAUUCUCGGAAAGUUCCUACAAAGGAAACAUAGGAUUAUGUGGCUUUCCUUUGAAAGAAAAAUGCACACAUGAAGAGCCGGGAUCGUCACCUCCAAUAUCUAAAGAAGCACGUUUGGAGAAUAGAAUUGACUGGAACUUCUUAAGUACUGAAUUGGGAUUUAUUUUUGGCUUUGGGAUUAUUAUUGGACCUCUUAUGUUUUGGAAGAAGUGGAGGAUAUGCUACUUCAAACUUGCUGAUGACAUUUUUUUUAAGAUGUUUCCUCAGCUUUAUAUUAGAAUAGAAAAUCGUGGAAGACGAGCACACAGAAAUCAGAAAUAAAGGCAUUAAUGAUAGUUACGGGGGAGCAAUGCAGUCAGGUUUUUUGACUAUUAGGUAAUACGCCUUUUGCGCAUAUUUUAGUCAUUUGGGCCUUCUUCGGGUCUCUAUCGGGGACUAUUUUAAGUGA